CUCCCCUCCCGGCUUCCUGACAAUCUCCCAAAAGCCUGACAUCUGCCAGGGGAGGCCGGACAUCCCCCGCUCCCACAUCUGGGCUGGAUCCUGUUUACUGGGAGGCUGCAGACCGAGGGCUCCCUGUCAUGGCAUGAGGAGAUCCGGCAUCUGCUGCUGCCUGCCCUGCAUCUGUGUCUGCGAGGUGAGGGAGAAAUGUGGCCCCUUGUCCAGGUCCUCGUUUAUCUGUUGAUGUCCUCCCAUGGGAUUCAUGGACAGGAGGAGGAGGAAAAAGAAUACGAUUAUAUUUUAGAGAUCGAUCCAGAAGAGGAUGCUGAUGAUGUUGUUGACAAGCGUGUUGAAGAAACCAAACCAAAGCUCACCUGUCCUAAAGAUUGCACCUGUACCCAAGAAGGAGUAGUAGAUUGCGCUGGAGUAGACCUGAAAGAGUUUCCAGUUGACCUUCCUGAAUUUACCAACCAUCUUUCCCUGCAGAAUAACCAAAUUCAAGAAAUACCCCCCGAAGAUCUCAUUAGACUUUACAAACUGGAGACCCUCAACCUGCAGAAUAACCGUCUGGCAUCACGAGGUAUCCCUGAUGACCUGUUUGAGCAGUUGGAGAGCCUUAGUUAUCUGUACCUUGCAAACAAUAAGCUGACGCUGGCCCCCAGGUUCCUCCCAAGCUCUCUGAUCAGCGCUGAUUUUGCAGCCAAUUAUAUCACUAAAAUCUAUGAUAUGACAUUUGGACAUAAACCAAAUUUACGGUCGGUGUAUCUGCAUAACAACAAGCUGACCGACGCUGGCUUACCUGGCAAUAUGUUUAACAGCUCAGACAACGUGGAGAUUCUUAUAAUGUCCAGCAACUUCCUGAAGUAUGUUCCACAGAACCUGCCCCCCGCGCUAUACAAACUGCAUCUCAAGAAUAACAAGCUAGAGAAGAUCCCACCGGGGGCAUUCAGUCACCUGUCUGAUUUACGAGAGCUGUAUCUGCAGAACAACCUCAUCACCAAUGAAGGAAUGGACAAUGAGACAUUUACGAAAUUGAACAAGCUGGAAUACCUAGAUCUAUCAAGUAAUAAUCUCAUGCACAUUCCAAGUGGAUUGCCACGAAACAUUGUUAUACUCCAUCUGGAAAAAAAUAACAUCAGGUCAAUUUCCAAUGAUGUCCUGACCCAGAUAAGAAAUCUUGAGUACCUUCUUCUUCACAAUAAUAAACUCAGGGCUCGAGGAAUUCAUCCAGAUGCCUUCUCGGGCCUAAAGAAGUUGCAUACUGUGCAUAUGUACAAUAACAUGCUUGAGAAGGUGCCGGCAGGACUCCCUCGGAGGGUUAAGACCCUGAUGCUUCUUCACAAUCAGAUCUCCAGCAUUUCCAAGAAUGAUUUUGCCACCACGUAUUUCUUAGAAGACCUGAACCUCAGCUACAACAAGAUUAUGAGCAGCACAGUCCACCGGGAUGCUUUCCGAAAACUAAGGCUCCUCAAGACGCUAGAGCUAUCGGGCAACAGCCUGAAGUCUGUGCCACAUGGACUCCCAAAAAACUUAGAGAUUCUGAAGUUGAAGGAGAAUGAAAUCAGCACAAUUCCUCACGAUACCCUGGCUGGAAUGACAAAGUUGAAGGAGCUUUAUCUGAGCAACAAUAAACUUAAGAUCAACUCUAUCUAUACGGGAGCCUGGGCAGAACUCAGUAGUCUCCAGUUGCUUGACCUGUCAGGAAAUCAGCUGUCGUACGUUCCACCCGAUCUCCCCGAGAGCCUCGAAUACCUGUACCUUCAGAACAACCGGAUUGUCACGGUGUCCGACAAUGCCUUCGAAUCCACCCCUAACAUAAAGAGGAUCUUCCUCAGGUUUAACCUGCUCACUCCUGGGACAGUAAAAGAGACUGCCUUCCAUGGUUUAGACAAACUGCAAGUCCUGGACAUUGAGAGUCAUCUGUCCUUGCGCAAGGUGACCAAAAAGAAGGAAAUGGAAAAAGAGAGAGAAGAAGAGGAAGAAGAAGAAUACAGGAAAAGAUAAAACCUUUAACUCCAACAGGUUGCUCCUAAUGCGGAGAGAGACCUAUGAGGAACGUGAGGAGACACCAUCUAUCGCACCGUCCUCGCUCUGCAGGAGGACCUGCCUUGUGUCAGUUUCGUGCCUUACUUUGCUUUGCUGUAAACAACGGUUGCCUCUGGAGGUGAAAGCAUUAAAAAGCUUAAGAAUUCACUUAGAAGUUCUGAGCAGCUCAGAAUGGACCUUGCAAAAGCUGGCUUUUGUUGUGUUUUUAUAAUCUGUUUCAGAUUUACAAAUAAAUGAGUAGAUUAAAA